AUGCGUUAUACCGCCUCCUUCGCCCUGGCUCUGGCCAGCCUUUCCCUCACCGGUGCAGUGCCCACCUUGGAGCCCCGCCAGAACGCCUGCUUCGUGGUCGGCAACGAAGCGCUCCCGCAGGAAGUCCAGGACUCGGUCACGUCCAUCCAGUCCGCCGUGACCUGCGGCUCCGGGACGACCAUCGACAAGGUGCCCGACGUGACGUCCGGGUCGGCGACCUUCAGCGACAUCGACUUCUCCAAGUCCUCCUCGAGCCCCCUCCAGUUCGCCCUCGACACCUUCGCCACGCCCGCGAACCCCGCCGACGCCGACCUGGCCACCCUGCAGGACCAGCUCAACGUGUACCUGGCCACCGAGGCCGGCCUGCGCAGCGUCGGCGGCAGCCUUGCUAUCAAGGUGCCCAAGUUCUUCCUGGCUAUGCAGGUCAGCAGGGUCCAGACGGCUCAGGGCAACCCACCUGCUGCUGCAGGCCAGCAGGUUGAUCACCUCCGGGACAAGGUCACCAAGAACGCGGCCGGGGAGGACAAGGCGCUGCUGGACCAGGUCACCCAGCUGGCGGCUACAACCUAG